AUCUCUACUUCCGGCGGAAGUCGACCCGACUUCCGGUCGGCCAUGAUGGCGGCGGCGUCCCCCCGGGUGCUGUUGUUUCUUCGCGCCUUUAGGGCCCAGGAUUUAAAGGCGCCGCUGUGGGCGAGGGGGAGAGGAAUGGCCAUAAAGGCAACGGCUGCGACCCCAAUGUCCCCUAUGGAGCAACAGGGACCACUUAUGGGGCAGGAAUCGACACUUAUGGGGCAGGAAUCGACACUUAUGGGGCAGAAAACCCCACUUAUGGGGCAGGAAGCUCCACUUAUGGGGCAGGGAACCCCACUUAUGGGGCAGGAAGCUCCACUUAUGGGGCAGAAAAACUCACUUAUGGGGCAGGAAUCGACACUUAUGGGUCAGGAAGGUGCAGUUAUGGGGCAGCCCCAUGGAUGUGUGGGGCUGGCCGAGGCCCGGCUGGAGGAUUUGGGGCUGGGGUCUCUGACUCCUGUGGGGCUGAUCCAGAACCUGCUCCAGUUCCUACACCUGGAUGUGGGGCUGCCCUGGUGGGGGGCCAUCGCGGCCGGCACGCUGUGUGUGCGCGUGGCGCUGCUGCCCCUAUUGCUCAAGGCCCAACGGGAGGCGGCCAGAACCGCCCCACAUCUGCCCCACAUCCAACGCCUGGCACAGAGGCUGCAGGACGCUAAAAGGGGGGCGGACCCACAGCAAGUGUUCCCAGCGCCGUACAAUCGGAGCUGUUGGCGUAUCAAACAGAAACACAACGUCAACCCACUGCGAGGAUUCCUCGUCCCCAUUGUACAGACCCCGAUCUUCAUCUCGUUCUUCCUGGCCCUCCAACAAAUGGCGGCGCUUCCGGUUCCGGGUUUCCAACAUGGCGGCGCCGGGUGGAUCAACGAUUUGAGCUGCCCAGACCCGACCUACGCGCUGCCGCUGCUCAGCAGCGCCACCAUGUGGAUGGUGCUGGAGGCCGGGGUGGAGUCAGGCGUGAGCAGCCCCCAGGCCGGAGCCGUGCGCGUCGUCCUGCGGCUCCUCCCACUUCUAUUCCUACCAAUGACCAUCCACUUCCCAGCCGCCAUCUUCGUCUAUUGGUUGACGUCCAACAGCUUCAGCCUAUUGCAGGCUUUGUUGUUGAGGGUCCCCGUGGUUCGCUCCGCCCUCCGCAUCCCGGCUCUGCCCCACAACCCCCCCAUGGAGCCCAAUGGGGCCGGCCCUAAAGAGGGGAUCCUACAGAGGAUGAGGAACAGCCUGGCCGAGGCCCGGGCGGCUCAAAACGCCGAUAGAAGGGAAUGGCAGCGCCGGAACCACCUCAAGAUGGCGGCCAAAGGCCCAUUACGGCAGACGUUCGCACAGAACCCGUUGGCUCCACCCGUGGCACCGGAACCGCCCCCGGCACCAAAAAGACCGUGGAAAGAAACGUUGGGAUAAAGAAAUA